CACAACGUGUACGUAGCUUUGAUUCUUUCUACUGUUGUGCGGGUCUGCUGUUUGUGUUGUUUCGAUUUAAUUAUCACAAAAUGCCGACAAUUGGAGUUAAACGUGAUUUAUUAUUUGAAGCGUUGGGGAAGAUUUACACGGAUGAUGAAUUUCAGCAGUUAUGUUUUGCAUUUGGCUUGGAAUUGGAUGAAGUGACAUCUGAAAAACAAAUGCUUACGAAAGAACAAGGUGAUGUUGCUGCCGCUGCCGACGCAUCUGAAGAAAUUAUUUACAGAAUAGAUAUACCAGCAAACCGUUAUGACUUGUUAUGUUUGGAAGGUUUAGUUACUGGCUUGUUGGUAUUUCAGGGCAAAAUUAAACCACCUCAAUUCAAGCUGACGGAACCUUCAGCACGACAAGUACUUAAAAUUUCACCCGAAACAGGGUUAAUUCGCCCCUUUGCGGUAGCUGCUGUUUUGCGUAACAUAAAUCUUUCGCAAGCAGCAUAUGAUAGCUUUAUUGAUUUGCAAGAUAAAUUGCAUCAGAAUAUUUGUCGUCGACGUACGUUAGUCGCCAUUGGCACACAUGACUUGGACACCUUACAAGGACCAUUUAGCUAUGAGGCUCGCAAACCGGAAGACAUACAAUUCGUGCCUCUAAACCAAACGCGUCAAAUGAAUGGCCAUGAAUUAAUGGACUUUUAUUCAACACAUGCGCAACUAAAACAAUAUUUACCUAUUAUACGUGAUUCACCAGUUUAUCCAGUAAUUUACGAUGUCAAUGGUGUAGUAUUGUCAUUGCCACCAAUUAUAAAUAGUGAUCAUUCGAAAAUCUCUAUAAAAACACGUAAUGUUUUUAUCGAAUGCACUGCAACUGAUUUAACCAAAGCAAAAGUAGUUUUGGACACUUUAGUCUGUAUGUUUUCAGCACAUUGUGCAGAAAAAUUCUCUAUAGAACCGUGCGAUGUUGUACAAGUUGAUGGUUCUACUGUAACUUAUCCUGAAUUAAAAGUACGCACUGAACUCGUAUCAGCAAAAAAAGCAAAUGCUGCAAUUGGUUUGUCUUGUGACACUAACCAGUUAGCGGAUAUGCUAACACGUAUGUAUUUGGAAACUAAAGUCGAUGGUGACGAUAGUUUAGUUGUUAAAAUACCACCUACAAGACAUGAUGUUAUACAUGCGUGUGAUAUAUAUGAGGAUGUCGCAAUUGCUUAUGGCUAUAAUAACAUUAAAAAGUCAUUACCUGCCUUUAUGCAUAUAGCAAAACAAUUUCCAUUAAAUAAACUGACGGAUUUACUGCGUGAACAAGUUGCUCAAGCAGGUUUUACGGAAGGGUUAACAUUCACACUUUGUUCAAGAGAUGAUAUUGCGAAAAAGCUGAAUAAAGAUAUCGAUGCUAUAGCAGCAGUACAUAUAUCUAAUCCAAAAACACUUGAAUUCCAAGUUGUACGCACAACACUACUACCGGGUCUAUUAAAAACUUUAGUAGCCAAUCGUAAAAUGCCGCUGCCCUUAAAACUAUUUGAAAUAAGUGAUGUAGUCAUUGCUGAUGAAAAUAGCGAGGUUGGUGCACGUAAUGAACGUCGAUUAUGUGCUAUCAAUUGUAAUAAAACUGCAGGCUUUGAAGUAGUUCACGGUUUGCUGGAUCGUGUAAUGCAGUUACUGGAAGUACCAUGGAAAAGUGGUAACACUAAAUCUGGUUACUACUUACAAUCGACUGAAGAUAUUAGUUAUUUCCCUGGCCGCUGUGCUAACGUAAUGUAUAACGACGUAGCAAUUGGUAAAAUUGGCGUGUUACAUCCAACAGUGUUGCAGGCUUUUGAAUUAACGACUCCCUGCUCUGUGGUUGAAUUUAAUAUCGAACCAUUUGUCUAAAGAUUUAAAACUAACUAUAUCAAAAACAUAGUUUUUGUAUUCAACACAUAUGUGUUAUAAAUAAAUAAAAUCUUAACUUAUUGAA